AUGAGCGCGCUCAAGCCGCUCGCCCUGCCAGUUUUUGUGGAGGGCGCCUCUCGCGCUAGCAAGAUCUACACUCCUGAGCGCGACGAGCGUGGAUACACUAUUCUCAAGGACGAUGCCCGAUUCGACGUCACGCCAAAGCCGUUCUCGGACAACGAUGAGGCCGACGUCGGUCGGUCCCGCAAGCACCGAAUUGGUUACCUCGAAGGUCUUCGCGGCAUGCUUGCCGUCCAGACGCUCCUCUGGAUCUUCUUUCGCCUCUUUGCUCCAGCUAUCGUAACUGAUCGCGAUUUCGAUGGCACGUUUCCCGCCGAGUUCACCAGAACCUGCCCGCAGUGGAUGAACAUCCUUCGCAAGGUGCUCAGCCCGCUCUUCUUCAACGGCAGCUUCCAGGGAAACAUGUACAUCAUUCUCAUGGGUCGAGUCGCCAUGCAGACCUUCUUUGAAAGGCGAGACGGCCUCACCUUGGCAGGACCUGGAUUCCGUCGUCCCUUCCGCCUUAUCCUGCCCCUUGCUGUCGCUCUGGCGCUCACAUCCGUGGUCGCGGCACUCAACGGCUUCAAGUACGCAUCUUUGAUGGCUGACAAGCUUGACAACCCGCUCGCGAACCCUCCCAAGGUCUGGAGCUCGACCGUCGAGUACGUCAACACGGUCGUCUCGUUUGUCUUUGCACCCUACGCCUACACCACCUCGGUUGCGAGCUCCUACAUGCCUCCUGGAGGAAUCAUGUGGUUUACCUCGGUCGUGUUCCAGCAAACUUACGUCCUCACCGUCUACGCGUGGUGCGUACCCUUCACCAUCUUCCGUUGGAAGAACAUUGGCAUGAUUACGUUCAUCGUGCUCUCUGCCUGGAUGGGCAGAUGGUCUUGGUACACGCUCACCGGUCUUGCCAUCGCCGAGUACUCGACCGUCUACAAGCAGCUGCUCCCCAAGGAGGGAAUCCCACUGAACUCGGAAGGGACCAAGUUCCUGAACGCCAAGCUGAUUCCCGUGAUUUUCGUAGUGCUCGGAGUUGUGCUCAAGUACGUCGCCAUCUCAAUCAUGCCCUCCACUUUCUACAAUGACUACAUCGGCCAUAUCGACCUCAACACGGGCACGCUGAACCGUCACUGGGACUACAACAACAUCGCAUACCCGCGAUGGGACGACUGGCUUCUCGCAACCGGUUUGCUCUGCCUCGUCGAACUCAGCCCUGCACUUCAAAAGGUGUUUUCGGCAAAGCCGCUCACCUACUUUGGGCGUCUUGGCUUCUCCAUCGCCAUGGUUUCGGGCACCGUUAUGCUCAGCAUCGGCAGUCUGCUGUACAACCAUCUCACCGUGAGCCUCGGUUGGACCAGCCCUGCUCAGAUCACUGCAGUGCUUUUCUUCACCAUGGUUCCGCUCUCGAUCUUGGCUUGCGAUGUCUGGUCGCGAGUCGUCGAUGAUUUCAGCUUGGCUUUCGCUAGGGGGGUCUUUCACUUCAUGCGCACAUGA